AUGGCUUUCUUCACUCCGUGGAAGCUGUCCUCUCAGAAGCUGGGCUUCUUCCUCGUGACUUUCGGCUUUAUUUGGGGUAUGAUGCUCUUGCAUUUUACCAUCCAGCAGCGAACUCAGCCCGAGAGCAGCUCCAUGCUCCGGGAGCAGAUCCUGGACCUCAGCAAGAGGUAUAUCAAGGCACUGGCCGAAGAAAACAGGAACGUGGUGGAUGGACCCUACGCGGGGGUCAUGACGGCCUAUGAUCUGAAGAAGACGCUUGCUGUGUUGCUGGAUAACAUUUUGCAGCGCAUUGGCAAGUUGGAGUCAAAGGUGGACAACCUCGUAAGCAAUGGCACAGGGACGAACUUGACCAACUCCACCACACCUGUCCCCAGCUUACUUGAGAAAAUUAAUGUGGCAGAUAUCAUUAAUGGAGCUCAAGAAAAAUGCAUAUUGCCUCCUAUGGAUGGCUACCCCCAUUGCGAGGGGAAAAUCAAGUGGAUGAAAAAUAUGUGGCGCUCAGAUCCCUGCUACGCAGAAUACGGAGUGGAUGGGUCCACCUGCUCUUUUUUUAUUUACCUCAGUGAGGUUGAAAAUUGGUGUCCCCAUUUACCUUGGAGAGCGAAAAAUCCCUAUGAAGAAGCUGAUCGUAACUCAUUGGCAGAAAUUCGUACAGAUGUUAAUAUUCUCUACAGUAUGAUGAAAAAGCAUGAAGAAUUCCGAUGGAUGAGACUGCGGAUCCGGCGAAUGGCUGAUGCGUGGAUCCAAGCAAUCAAGUCCUUGGCAAUGAAGCAGAAUCUUGAGAAGAGAAAGCGGAAGAAAGUCCUUGUUCACCUGGGCCUCCUGACUAAGGAAUCCGGAUUUAAGAUUGCAGAGACAGCUUUCAGUGGUGGCCCUCUUGGCGAAUUAGUUCAGUGGAGUGAUUUAAUUACGUCUCUGUACUUACUGGGCCAUGACAUUAGGAUUUCAGCUUCACUGGCAGAGCUCAAGGAAAUAAUGAAGAAGGUUGUUGGAAACCGAUCUGGCUGCCCAACUGUAGGAGAUCGAAUCGUUGAGCUCAUUUAUAUUGAUAUUGUAGGACUCGCUCAAUUCAAGAAAACUCUUGGACCAUCCUGGGUUCAUUACCAGUGCAUGCUCCGAAUCCUGGACUCAUUUGGCACAGAGCCAGAGUUCAACCAUGCCAACUAUGCCCAGUUGAAAGGCCACAAGACACCCUGGGGCAAGUGGAAUCUGAACCCACAGCAGUUUUACACCAUGUUCCCUCACACUCCAGACAAUAGCUUCCUGGGCUUUGUGGUCGAGCAGCACUUGAACUCCAGCGACAUCCACCACAUCAACGAAAUCAAGAGGCAGAACCAGUCACUCGUGUACGGCAAAGUGGACAGCUUCUGGAAAAAUAAGAAGGUCUACUUGGACAUCAUCCACACAUACACGGAAGUACACGCAACUGUUCACGGCUCCAGCACGAAGAACAUUCCCAGUUACGUGAAAAACCAUGGGAUCCUCAGUGGACGUGACUUGCAGUUUCUUCUCCGAGAAACCAAGCUGUUUGUUGGGCUUGGGUUCCCGUACGAGGGCCCAGCUCCCCUGGAGGCCAUCGCAAAUGGAUGUGCUUUUCUGAAUCCCAAGUUCAACCCACCCAAAAGCAGCAAAAACACAGACUUUUUCAUUGGCAAGCCAACUCUGAGAGAGCUGACGUCACAGCAUCCUUAUGCUGAAGUUUUCAUCGGCCGGCCACACGUUUGGACCGUUGACCUUGGCAAUCAGGAGGAGGUCGAGGAUGCCGUGAAAGCGAUUUUAAGUCAGAAGAUUGAGCCAUACAUGCCAUAUGAAUUCACAUGCGAAGGGAUGCUACAGAGAAUCAAUGCUUUCAUCGAAAAACAGGACUUCUGCCACGGGCAAGUGAUGUGGCCGCCCCUGAGUGCCCUGCAGGUAAAAUUUGCUGAGCCCGGGCAGUCCUGCAAGCAAGCAUGUCAGGAGAACCAGCUCAUCUGUGAGCCGUCCUUCUUCCAGCAUCUCAACAAGGACAAGGACCUGCUGAAGUACGAGGUGAACUGCCAGAGCUCAGAGCUGGCCAAGGACAUCGUGGCGCCCUCCUUCGACCCCAAGAGCAAGCACUGUGUGUUUCAAGGCGACCUCCUGCUGUUCAGCUGUGCCGGCGCCCACGCCCGCCACCGGAGGAUCUGCCCCUGCCGGGACUUCAUCAAGGGCCAGGUGGCUCUCUGUAAAGACUGUCUAUAG